CUCUAUUAACCUAGGCAGAUAUUCUCAUUCUAGGUUAAAGCAGAAACAACAGGAAUUUGAUCAGGAUUCAAGUCAUUCAAUCAUUAAAACCUCAAUCGAAUAUAAUCAAUCAUAGAAGCAGUACUUGGGUUCAUACAAUCAAAGCCUAACAUACAAAUCUAGGGUUCUCCAUACCCAGAUGAAUGGGAGAACUACUCCAUGGAGAAGAAAGCAAAAGCAGAAUCAGACACGGACUUCAUACUGCGAAGGAUGGAUUCCUGCUUCUGGAUGUUGAUUGGCACUUCUCCAAGCUCAAGCUGGCCUCCAAUGGUGUUGAAGAUCAAUCUAGGGCACUUGGGAACUCUUGCUCGUCACUUUCUCUCUCUAGGAAUCGCUCUCUUUCUCCAAAACCCGAAUCCCCCCGAAUUGUGGCUGAAAUUCUGCUUAAAAGGAGAAAAUCCCGACUCACACGGCUAGGGUGGCACGGCCGUGCAGCUCACCCAGUUGCCCGUGUGAGUCAAAACGCAGCGUAUCAUUUAGUCGAAUUUCAGGCUCUUUGCACGGCCAGAAUGGCACGGCCGUGUGAACUUCCCUUCCUGCCCGUGUUUGCUCUCGCAGAAUGUGGCACGGCCAACCCGGCCACUUGCACGGCCGUGUGGGUCUUCUGCUCUGCCCGUGUCUGCUCUCGCAGAAUCCCACACGGCCAGGCCAUUCCUUCACACGGCCGUGUGAACAUCAGGGCAGCCCGUGUGACCUCCUUUGUGACUUGCCUCGCGCCUGAUCUUCGCCCAAUCGACCCCGAACUCGCUCCUAAACCUUCAUUCACUUGCCAGGACCUGAAAUAUCACAAACAAGCACAACCUAGCGUGAAAUCGGUCUAAAACACGAGAAACCACAUCUCCAACGGUGUAAGAACAGGGGUGAAAACAUGUGUAACUAACGGUCUAUCAAACUCCCCCACACUUAACCGUUUGCUUGUCCCCAAGCAAACUUAACUCAAACCAAUGCAACUCUCCAGACCUCUAUAGCAACAAACAACCCAGAUCGUAGGUAGAGGACUUCCUAGAUCAUUUAACAACUUACGAGGUCAACCGACGCACAAGUCAUCUCAAAGCUUCUUAUCGAGUCGGCAUCAUGGCAAAUAGUGAACAGAGGACAAAUGAAUCAUGGAUGAAGAGAUUCUCAAAAACAAAGGAUCAUGGACUCA